CUAAGUUUUUUAACAAAAAUCGUAGUAAUUACCAUAGUAUUUACACUACUUAUGGUAUAAUUCUCUGAAAUUUCCUCUUAUGAUCCAUAGCUACUAUCGUAUAUAGCAAUUUUUGAUAUAAAAUUUUCUCAUGCAUAUAAAAUGCUCUUUAAAGAGUUUCAUAAUCUUAAAUUUCAGCAAAAUAUAUUACAUUUUUAUUUCAAUAUUGUGAUAGUCAUGUAACGAGCCCAAUACGAUUGUAAUUUUAAUAAUAAUAAUAUUAAAAAAUUCUAAUUCCCGGUUCGAAGAUAUUGUUAUUCUCCGAUAGACAUUUCUCUCUCUCUCUCUCUUUCUCAUAAAAAUUAUUUCUGAGUAAAAAUAAACAUACUUUCUCGAUGAGGCAAUACAAAAUUUCUUUAUGUUUCUGUUCCGGAUUAAUAAACUUUUGAAAGAUUUUACAUCCUCACUUAUACACAAUGAAACCAUAAUUGUACUAAUUUGAAAACGUUCUUAUCUAUAAUUUUUAAUCACGUACAACGAGAAAAGUAAAAUCCGCAUUGAGAGACGACGAGGAGCGCACGGUUAAUUCGACUUUGUUUCGCACGCGUCGACCUGACGGCGCGUGUAAUCGAAUAUUUCAUUCGAGUUACAUUUUCCACGUUUGCUUACGCAUAUCGCGCAGGAACGUGUAAUCGCGGUUAUUGCAUAACCAGCGGCGUCGGGCGCUGCAAUAUCCUUUCGCUUCCACGGUCUCCAUACUGGUUUCUUCUCUCGCCGGGCCCACGUUCCUUUGUGUUUCGCACGCACCCGACCGGAUUUGCAACAAUACCGGGACGGCAAUUUUCUCGAGUCGUACCUCGCGAAGACUAUCGGGAACCGCGAGCGCGGAUCCAAAAGGGAAAUAACUCUGGCGAAUUCAGCUGUAAAUUGCAUGCAUCUAAUUCUCUGUUUUUAAUCUGCGCGGAAUCGCGCACUCGGGCUCCCAGCUGCCCGUAUCGUUUAGCAAUCGGAAAAUGAUGGGGAUUCCGUGAUAGCUCCGGGACACCGUGUAUAAUACGUCCGCUUCGGCCUAAUUAAACGUUCGAUAUUGUAAAAUUGAUUAUGCUCUAGGUGCGGCAUCGGAGAUUUUAUCUACUAUCAAUUUUCUACUAUGUAGCCGGGGUAGGAAGAGGGGCAGAUGCGGCCGUUCCGGUUAAUUGAAGUCUGCUAUUAAUUAGCAAAUAUUAUGAGAUACACCUUCAUAUACGCAGGAAUAUCGCAACUUUUCCCUAUGUUUGUAAAAAACAAUUUAAACAAAACACGAGCCGCACGAGAUAAAAACUGCGAGAUUGCGCCGAUAAUACGGAAUGACGGUUUAUAAUCCGAUAAAUCGUCGGAUGAUUUAACUCCGAAAAAACGUUGAAAACCGGACUGUUUUUUCGGAUUAUCAGUUUCCGGGAACCCCCCCCCCCCCUCCCCUCCCCGCCGGCGAUUUCGAAGGUCGAGGAUUCACACGUGAGAGGGGUUCCGUUUCGUUCGAUCGCGGGAUCAUCUCGCGAUUAUUUCCCCCGCGAACUUCUCGGACGUCCCCCUCCCCCGUCUCUUUGUCCGAGGAAGCCCUCGCCUGGGAAAUUGUGGCCGAAAAUUGAGCGCCACUGCGAGAAGUACGGCGGCGCCGCCAUACGCCAGUCUUUUGCCGGAGCGAAGGGCAGAGCAGCGAAACUGCGAACCGGCGGGAUAUAUCGGUACACAUUCUACCAUUCCCGUCUACACGACGCGCGUGCACACACACGUGCGAAACACACACACGCACACGCACACGUAUACAUCACGCGCACGUAGUACGCGCGGCUGCCGCGACCGCGUAAGGGUGCGCUAGCAUUCCCCCUCGCGUCCCAACCUAACCUAACCUAACCUGCCUACCCCUACUCCGCCGUCUGGAGUCCCUUCAGCCGGCCGCUGAUCCCCCAUCCCCACCACUUCCCUCGGUUGGCACUCGCUCCCCCUCCCCCCUCCCCCCUCCCACCACGAUCCGCGUAGACGACGGCGGCUGGCUGGCUGGCUGGCUGGAGCGCGUUUACACGUACAGCUGCCAUACAUCGCCGCGCUACGGACGUGCGCGAGGUCCGUCGCGAGAGACCCGAGACCGCGCAGCACAUCGACGCCGUCGUUCCUGUCUAGCGCCGCGGCCGGUCGGGGUCGACCGCUAACCUAAAAAUCCACCGAGAGAGAAAGAGAGAGAGAGACGACAACGCACCGAACGCCGUCACCGGCGCGCGAGUUCCCGCGAGGUGUAGUAGACGCAUAAACCGCCGCGCGCCGGUUGUUCUUUGUGCGUCGCCACUGCCGUGCGCGUGAUCCUUUGUCUGGACGACGAGAUCGGCGUCGUGGACCGGUGUUCACUGUUUUUCCCCUUCGUACGUGUUCCUCCGCGACUGUGUGUGUGUGUGUGUGUGUGUUUGCGUGCGUGUGUGUGCGCGCCUCUGUCCGUCUGUCUCUCUACGCGCCGGACGUGGAUGUUCGUACCUGCCUUAACCUACCGCGACCUUGAACUUGUGUGCCUGUGCCUGUUCCGCGGCCGAUCGCCCUCUCUCGAGACGACGACGACGAGGGUGGGAGAACGAGGGAGAAAAGUGAGUGAGAAAGAGAGACGACAACGACGACGACGAGGAGGAGGAGCGUGGGAGACGCCGGCGACGUCGGGAUCCUGGAAGUUCCACGAGAAUGUUCUCUUACGCGGCCUUCCCGGCAAUGGGGAUGCAGGUACGAUUCCCGGUCGCCGGGCCUGCUGGUAAAAUCAUGCCGGUGGACCACCAGGUGCGGCCACGAGCGACGGAUCAUCGGUGACCAUCGGGACGCGGUGCAUUAACUCUCCGUCGGCAUGGAGGCGACAAACGGCGCGAUCGAGCACGACUUCCACAACACGUUAGUGCCGAUAAACGGUAGCCACUCAAGCAGCUCCGGCAGGAGUACGCCGAACGGCGGCGACCCGGCGCCGGGCAAGCUCUUCGUGGGUGGCCUCUCCUGGCAGACGAGCAGCGAAAAGCUGCGGGAAUAUUUUAGCAUGUUCGGCACCGUCACCGACGUCCUCAUCAUGAAGGAUCCGAUGACGCAGCGUAGCCGCGGUUUCGGCUUCAUCACGUUCGCCGAGCCCGGUAGCGUCGACAAAGUCCUCAAGUGUCCCAUCCACACCCUGGAUGGCAAGAAGAUCGAUCCGAAGCACGCGACGCCGAAGAACCGCGCGAAACAGGCGAAUCGCACGAAGAAGAUCUUCGUGGGUGGUGUCAGUCAGGACACCAGCAGCGACGAGGUCAAGGCCUACUUCAAUCAAUUCGGCAAGGUGGAGGAGACGGUAAUGCUGAUGGAUCAACAAACGAAGCGGCAUCGCGGCUUCGGGUUCGUCACCUUCGAGAACGAGGACGUGGUGGACCGCGUGUGCGAGAUACACUUCCACACGAUCAAGAACAAGAAGGUCGAGUGCAAGAAGGCGCAGCCGAAGGAGGCGGUGCAGCCCGGGGCGCUCGCGCUCGGCAAGCGGGUGGUGCUCGGCGCGCUCGGCGUGCGGCUCGCGCCGCAACCACCGCUGCCGGUCUCGGCGGCGGCGGCCUCGCAAUUGGUCGCCGCUCAGGCACAGGCGGUGCAGGUGCAGGCGGCCGCGGCCGCGGCGGCGGCCGCCCAGGUGCAGAACGCGGUCGCGGGAUACGGCAAGCUCUUCGCCACCGGCGGCUAUCCACUCUCGGCGUAUCGGUACACGCCUUAUCCGAUCCCGGCCGCGGCAGUGGCGGCGGCGGCUGCCGCGGCGGCGCCCGCCGCCCCGACGGCACCGGCGCCGACCCCGGGUGCCGCCGCGGCCGCUGCCGCUGCCGCGGCGGCGGCCUCCUCGCCCGCCGCCACCGCGCCCGGCAAUCCCUAUCAAGGCUACUCGCUCACCAACGUCGACAUGUCGAGCUUCCAGGGCGUCGAUUGGGGUUCCAUGUACGGGAUGGGAAUGUACGUUUAAACGGGAGAGACAGAGAGAGAGAGUAUUACCUGCACACCAGGGUUGCUCUCUCGUUCUUGCAUGCGCUCCCGCUCUAUGAUCUCCUUGUGGCGAAGGAAAUCAUCAUCAUCAUCAUCAUCAUCAUCACCGUCACCGUCAUCAUCCUCCCCACGUGUACAACAUACAGUAGAAUAUAUUCCUUCUCCAAGGUUGGUCGUGGCGCGCAAACACCCGCCUUUCGAUUCUCAUUCGGGGGAUUUCGCGUCUCUGGAAAUGGCUCCACCGCUCGCCGAAGAGAGUGAGAGAGAGAGAGAAAGAGAAACGAUGCUACCGUUUAAUGCUUCUUGAUCGUCAGUUUAUCCGGCGUUCUCUCAUCUCCGAGAAACGACGCGAGGAGAGAAAUGGGAUUCUUCGAUACUCUUAUCACGGAAUGGCAUCGUGGCAAGCGGAUAAAGUGAAAAGGAUCCAGUGAAGAAAGCUGAAAUUUCAAUCAAUUCGCGCUCGAGCGUGGAAUGAGAGUAAGGGUGAGAGCAAAGAUUGCCAAGGAAAUGAAUCAUCUCCGACGGACACCCGGCGAAGAAGGAGGGUCAGAGUCAUCCGCAUUAAUCACAUGUUGUUUUCCCCAAGUGGAAAUCGAACCAACAUACUUUUUAGCGUUUAAUUCUUCAAACAUGCGUUAAUUUAUUUUGCGAGGAAGCGAGACUAGUUUACGUAUUAUGUAUGUUAAGCCCCUUCGAGUCCCUCGUCUUUCGCGUCUCCGCGCGAUUCAUAUAUCAUUUUUUUCGCACGAUCACACACAGACACACAACACACACACACACACACAAACACAAGUCGUCGCGCCUCGGCACACUUUGGUUCCUAUUUUAGAUUAACGCGUACGCAUUAGAGUGAAAAGCGCGUGGCGGAACCGCCACGUUCCACAGCCACGUCGCCGCGCCCAUUACGUUAAUCAUCGAUUAAUUAACGCGAUCCAUUAGCGGCACUCGUUUCGCGGCGUUCGCGGCAGCCUCUAUAGCCCACCCGAGUGUUCCCCCAACGGCCCAUGAAGCAAUAAAAGGACAAAAAGAAAAAGCGAGAAGCACCGGACGCCGUGAACGACUUACUUACGCCAAGGAAGGAAGGGGAGCGCUAAUUCGCUUCUCUCUCCUCUCCAUUUUCGUUCUUCUCACUUUCCGUUUUGCGUCCCUCUUCAUUUCUCCGCGUUCUUAUGUUCUUUUAUUCAUACGUGUACACGUAUAUUCGCGACACCCGAUCGAGUUUUGUCACCGCCAUGAAGAGGGGGAUCAGCGGAAGCACGCGAUGCGAACGAAAAGUGCGCGAUCAUUGGUAUUUUUCUGAACGAAAGGUCAAUCGGGUUUAGACCCCCCCGCUUAGAGUGCUAGAGAAGCUAGGAUUUCGCUACGCCAUGCGCCAAGUGCCAAACGAACGAAUCGAAGGGGAAGACUCGUCCACCUCCCCCGGACGGUCAAGUGCAUGCAACUCGCUGUCCCGAGCAACGAGCUUCCCUGUCGAGUCGCGUCUUUUUUGGAGAGUCAAGUGACAACAACAACAACAACAACGACGACGACAAAUUCUUUUUCUCUCGCAUUGGCGCUUCCGCUCGUCGCUCUCGGCGAAGCGUUUCCACGUCUCGUCUUUUCGCCUCUCCAGAGGCAACAGGUCAAUACACACAAUCCACUUUGCGCGAGCGGGCGGACUCUCCCGAUAUUAUAUACGUACGACACACACGAGCAACAAUACGAGGGACACGUAUAUAACUAUAUAUAAUGUAUAGGUACAUAUGUAUACAUAUAUGUACGGUACACACACAUAUACAUAUAUAUAUAUAUUUUUCUUCAAAUAAUGGAAGACAAUAUUUCUCCGCUCUCCAUCGCGUUAAAUAAGGAUAAGACUACUAGCGGUACACACGAUUGUAAAUUCGAGUAAAUUCGAAUCGCGUUAAACUUUUAAGCGAGACUUUUAGCGAGUGUAAUCUGCGUACGAGACAAGCCGCUCGUAUAUCUGUUAAGACUUAAUUGACACACACAGUAUCACACCCGCGAUCGGCGUAAGAGAAUAAGAGAUGGUGAGCCGGCGAGUUUUAUUUAUAAGUUAGGCUUAAGCGGGUAGCAUUAUUGAUAGCGGAUAUAGAUAUUUAUCAAAGAGUGAAAGAGAGAAGAGCGGAGUGAGGAAUAAGGAAGAGAAAAAUGGAUGCUCCUCUCUCGAUGGAAAAGUCUCGGCGCGCGCGCGCGUGCGAGAAAGAAAGAGAAAGAGAGCGAGAGAGAGAGAGAGACAGACAGGUACUUAAGAGAUAUUAUUAUUAUGCAUCUUUAUAUAAAAUAUACUUAAGAGUUCGUGCGGACUGCGUUUGCGAGAAAUGGGAACUCAAGAUUGAGAUUAGCUCACGUAAUUCAAGCGAUAAACUAGAUUUAAGCCUUUAAACCGCGUAUAAGAGUAAGGAAUUUGUGAGAAGUAUUAUAAAAAAGGUAUUCGUUAAGGGAUUUGCGAGAGAAAUGGAUAUUUAAUUUAUAUGUAUUCACUUAUGUAGAAUACGCCCCGAGAUCGCGACUCGAUGGCGGCGAGUAGGUAUAUACAAUUGAAUUGUAUUUUUUUCCGCGAGGUAACCCGUGUCUUGCCAGAUUUCCGCUGUAGAAGAAAAGAAAAUGUGCAAAGUUCCUUUCGAUACCCACUGUUUUUUUCUAUUUUUUUUUUUGUUAUUAAAUUAUUCGUCCAAGUGCUAACGUUGAAUCAUUUACGCAUUUUAGUCUGUAAGCAAAUUCGAAUCGCGACCGUACGAUAUCGCCGCACGAUAGUCACUUAAUUUUUUUUUUUUUCCUUACUAUAUCGUCUUUCCUUUCGUAUUGUUAGUAGUUUGUUGUAAGUAUUAAGUGCGAUGCCGUCAAUUUGCGUCGCCCAAAUGAUCUCACGUCGACCGAUGCCGACGAAUCCCGAGUAUCGGCGCGAGUAUCUCAACGGUCUCCUUUUUUUUGUUCUUCUUUUUCCUCUCGAUCGAAGGAGGAUCGCCGUCGGCGAGGGCGAACGCGGGGCGUCCUCUUGGACGAGGAAUCACGUGGGGGAUGUGAAAAAUUUCGAGCAAUAAGCGAUUGACUCAAAACUUUAAACUGCGCUAGAUUAUUACGAAUAUUAAACAGUAACGAUAAUAUACAAGGGCGUCCGCGGCGGCGGCGCGGCGCUCGUUUGCGAACAUAGUGGAAUAAUCCUAGGUAUAUACACAAAACGAAUACUCGAUGCGAAAGGAUUUGGAUAACAAUAAACGUCGAAACGAACGGUAUGGGGCGGUCUUAGGGGAGCAUGGGAAGGACCGAGCGGUGAGAAGCUUCAGAGGGAUUACCGAUCCUUCUGAACACACAAGUAAUAUUCUCUAGUGAUACUAUAUACUUUAAUAUACAUAUGAAUAUAUAUGAGCAAGAAAAUAUAAUUAUAUACAUACGCCGUGGCAUACGCGUUUAAGGAUAACAAAAACUCGCGAGUGAUAUUUACGACAUAUUAAGGGGAUAUUACAAAAGUAGGAGCGAACGUAGAAAGAAAGAGAGAAAGAAAAAACGAGCGAACGAAUGGAGAGAGAGAGAGAGAGAGAGAGAGAGAGAGAGAGAGAGAGAGAGAGAGAGAGAGAAAGAUGAUAACGAGCGACGAAAUGCGACGAGGAGCGAGCGAGGAUCAGCUGAGAGGCGUACGUCCCGUUCCAGUUCCCGUUCUCUCGAUGUGACUGCGUACUCGGAACGCCAAUAAUGUGUGCGGAAAGGGCGCGUACUUAACGAGCCACCCCCUCCCCCUUGUUCCGGACAACCCCGCGAUAUCGGCGCGGCACCCCGGCUCUCGUUCCUGCUUUGCCAUCGAUCCAUCUACCUCUUUUCAGCUUCCUCCCUACACGCCAUUCCUUUUCUCCGUCUCUUUCUCUCUCUCUCUCUUUUUCUCACUCCGCGGAAAAUUUCUGCGCGAAAAAGAAAACGAAAUUAAUUAUGGAAUAUCCGCUUAUGUUACCGUAGCAUCACGAGAGAAAAGAGAGAGAGAGAGAGAGAGAGAGAGAAACGGAAACGAGCGCGCGCUGGUUCCGGGAGUUGUUUCGGAAGGGAGGUGGUGCACUCUUCGAGCCAAACUGGUAUCGUCGGUACGACACGCCGAUGUACGUACGAGCGCCUCUCUCACGAUGUACUUAUUUUCAAAGUUGCCUUCCGCAAGCGUAAAAAUACUAACAGGCUGAAGCGAGCGCCCGACGAUACCGUUUUGCGCGUUUUUCGUUUGCGAGACCUCGGAGCAUGGGAGGAUGAGAAUCGGGGAUUGGGGACCGGGGCGUACCUUUUUGGCGGGUUCAAUUUUCGAUAUCUUUCCACCUGUUUCUCCCUCUCUCCCUCCCCCUUCUCUCCCUUCCUUCCUAUCACGAGUCGAAAUUACUCUGGCAUCGAAAUUUGAUCUCGCCGAAAAUUCUCCACUGCUCUUUCUCUCCGUCUCUCUCUCACUCCCUGGUUGACGAUAGAAUACUUCGCCUAGUUUCUUAUACACGUUCUACAUACGGGUCGAAAAUACAAGCCUCAGUCGUCACCGGGGAAGAAGCGGAAUUCUCCGGGCGGGAUCGUCGUCGAGACUGCAAAUCGGGAAUUGCCGUGCGCGUCUCCGGAAAUUUGGCGAUGUAUGCUCCGGCAUCGACGGAUUACGCGCGAUUGUAGUGUAACUCCUCUCGGUUCGAGAAACGUGUGGAAGGAGCGAAGAAGCGCUUCACGUGGAAUUUCAGCAAUAAAUUUAGCCGUACGGAGGCGGGUCGUUUAUCCGCGUCGUGAAAGGCGCGCGCGCACGUCGCUUGACAUUUUCUCCGGAAUCGUCAUUUCGAAAAUGUCUUAUGUCGCGAUGUCAUGUGUCACCCCACCCCUCCCAUCCCCGACGAGAGACGUGACGAUUUUACCGAUUUUCCUCUCCGUAACGAUUUUGCAAUCUCCAGCGUAAAAGCGUUAUGAGCUGUAACGGGAAAACUUCUACUCCGGGACUCGAUUACGUCAUCAAUAAUCCGAAAGAAGCGGAGUGAUAUCGCACGACACGCAAUGUCAAUUCAUUACGCGAAUCCUUCAUUCCGAGUAUGCAAAAUGUAUAUUAAAUUAUAAUCGUACGAUCGAUUUAUAGUCAAGAUUAUAGUCUGAUCCAUUAUAGCUUACGAAACGUAUGAUUAUCGCGGUGUAUUGAGACGCGUCGUAACGAACAAGUUAACGGCUUCGAGCUUUAGAUACGAGAUCGAUAACGGCUAACGAGUAAUGCUAGCCCUUCGCGGGAAGUUCGAGGGCGGUUUCUGCAAAGCUAGUUAACAACAAACUUUUGUGUAUCACGUAAAAUUCAAAUUUCUCCGUCACACUUUUUACCCUUCUCCACAUUUUUUUCGCUUUUAACUGUCGGAUAUACGGUCGAAUAGAAUGAUGUAAAUUAAAACUAAAUAGAAUUAUAUACCCUCAAUGUCCCGCAAAGGGUUGAGAAAUUACGGUCGCUGCUAAUCGUCUCGUAAGGUAGAGUCAUCGUGCUCCUUAUUUCCGACCUCGGAACUUUGCAAUUUUUUUCAAAACCGUAAUAUCGUCACUGUCGACGACAAAAAGAAGAGUAUCACGGAUAUUGACGAGAAUUGACAUCGACAUCGGACGAUCGAGCCUCGUCUCUGAUGUUUAUCUACGAUCUAUUCAACGACAAAAAGAUAACAUCUCGUCGUCGUCGAGAAAUAUGUAACAUCACAGCGAAAGUCCACCUCUCUUUUUUUCCGAUCGGCAGGUCCUUUCCCUCUCCCCCUCCCCCUUCUCUCUCUCCUGAUUUGUCCCUGUGGUUCCAUAAAACCUUAUUAUAUAUACAUACUUAUAUAUAUUUAUAUUUGUAUCUCGGUCUGAUAAUUAUGUAUUUAUAUUGCGAAUGUUGAUAUAGUAAUUAUUAGCGUAGCUGGUAUUUUUUGAUGAGCGCUAACUAUCACUAGUUGUGUAUGAAAUGUAGGUGAAGCAUGCUGGUUGAAAUAUCUCUCCUCCUAUAUAAUAUCGUCAUUAUUGUCAUCCGCCCUGUUCUCUCUUUUUUUUUUUUCUGGACCCUUCGGACCCCUUCCACCUUGUCUUCCGCUUUUCUUAUUACGGUUCGCUUGCGAUUCCGCUUUCCCAUCGACACGGACGUCAUUGCUCGAGCAUUCAAGAAGGGAUGAAAAUGAUACGGACGAGAUAACAAAGGACUCUCUGACUGCCAGGGUGCACCGUACGUCGGUGUACCCUCUCGGUGUUUCGGGUGUCUCGCGAAUCCCACGUUUUUAACUUCUUUUCCCCCGUCGCUUUAUCGAUAAAUCGCGUUCUUCCCGCAGCUCGAUUAAGCCUUCUCAUGCUUAAUCACGAUUUUACGGUAAUCGAUUAUUGCUAGCGCAUUCUCGUUCUAAUUUUCCGCCUCACAGUUCUCUCGUUCGGCAUUAACGAGAGAACACGCGAUCGUUGACAAGAACCGGUGAUCUCCUCGCGAUUAACGAUCUUUUUUACUUUCGUCCCGUCUCUCAUCUCGUCUAAUUACCCUAAUUUCUCCCUUCGAUCCAAGUUACUUCCGCCUGACUGUGAGAAACACUCGCGAGCGAAAGCUGUCGUUUCGGAAUUCCUUACGAAAGCUCGAUGAUAAUGCGGGAAAAUGAACCUUAAGGGAGAAGAGAAAGAGAGAGAGAGAGAAAGAGAAAGUAUGAGAGAGAGAGAGAGAGAGAGAGAGAGAGAGGGCAGGAAACGAAACCGAACUGCGUAGUAUACAUAUGAUACACACCCAGAGCUCCUCCCAAAACUUAAUUGCGUAAGCGCUGAUACUCGAUACUCGAAUCGUAUUACUAUUACUAUUACUCAUUAUCAUUAUUAUCGCCAUUAUCAUGAUUAUUAUUAUUACUAUUUGAUGAUAACUAUUAUUACGCAUCAGCAUCAUUAUUAUGCUUGUCAUUUACUUAUUAUGGUUAUUAUUAUUAUUAUUAGCUUACAUAAAUGCAAAACACUUAUUACGUUUACUGUGACACGCUUUAACUUAAUAUACGCGCGAGUGUGCGCCGCAUCGCGCGCGUGUGUAUGUGUGUGUUCGUCCGCGAAGCGCAGUUUUCUCUCAAACGUCCUCCCCCGGCAGGGUCUUUCUUUUCUUCUCCCCCGUCCCCACCCCCGCGCGUGUUCCCUCGUUAUUCGUUAUCGCUACAUUCCUACAGUGUGCCAGCCACGUACGUGCCAUAAAGGGGAUAAUUGUUAGGCCGGAGCCUAUUAAUAGGCGCGCCGCGACGCGCGCGUAAAACCGAUUUGACCGCCGAUUGCUUCCUGAAUAGGAGCGAAGAGAGGGUGAGGGGGGGGAGGGAGAAAGAAGCGUCGCGGAAAGAUCCGAGGGGGCGCGCGAGAGAGGGGGCGAUUCGCUAUGUAAAGUCACCACGGGGUGGGGGGGGAACGAUCGAUGACUCGCACAUGAUCCGCGUCGCUCUUUACCCCCUUAUCCUGUCGCCGGGAUCGUGACUCGAAAUUCGAGAAGACGUUUACUUUUCGUCUCGGCGGGUUUUUUUUUUUUUUUUUUUGUAUUUUUUUCUUCUCUCUUUUUUUUUCUCUAGAUCGGUUUACCCGGCAUGUAAAAGCGACGAUGUAAACGCGACGAUUUAAUUCCGAUUCUCCGAUUUUAUUCACGUUUCUGUUUUGUUUGCCCGCAAUUUCUCCCUACCGUUGGAUUCGCUUGUAUUUUGACUUUUUCGCGUCGUUCCGAGAGAAAAAGAAGGAAAUGCGUUGGAUCAUCCGAACGAUUUUCAUAUUUGCAUUUGAGCACGCGCGCGAUGAACACGCGCGCACCAACGAAAAGGAAAAAAAAACACACACAGACAGACACAAACGCAACGCACACGCAUACACAAAUAAAUAUAUACAUUUAUGCAUAUCUACACACACACAGGCGCACGCGCGUGCGUACAUACAAGGCAGAAAAAUAUACGAUAUUAACGCAAGAGUACGCUCGAUGGCGCACGCCAAGAACAACACACACGAACGAAAACGUAACGUAAAAAUAGUAUAGGUUGAUGCCUAGAAAAAUUGCCAAUAAAGUAGUCGUUUAAAACUUGUA